AUGAGCAACGAGGAGGCAGACAAAGAGCGGUCGACUUCCGCUCCUCCGUCGACAGUAACCUACGAAUCCGACACUUCAACAUCUUCAUUUGAGGACAUCACUAUCGAGGCUGACGAGUCACUUAACUCAUCAGUCCAAACAUAUUCGCCAUACAUCAUUGAUGAGUGCCUUCUUGCUCUACGAUCCAUUCAAGGUGGAGAUUUUAGCAAUGAGGCAGUGAUCAAAGCCUUACCGCGUCGGAGAAAUAAAUCUCAACGACCAUUCGCAUUACAGCUCGGGAAAAUCCUGUUUCCAGAAGCAUCAGAACUGGCUGCACUCAUUCAAUACGAACGCCUCACCCUCCCUGCUCAAAAAGUUGUCCGUCAGAAGCAACGAGACCGCUUGUCACUCGAGCUGCAACCAAAGAACAAUGCAGGCGGCAAGCUGAUUCGAAUUCAAGGUCCUUGGGCUGGACAGGAUGUUGACCCAGUUGACUUGAAGGGACCUAUAGCUAUUCCUAUGCCAGUUGAGAUUGGAAAGGCUGAUCAUUUUGAGCCCAUCUUUGCAUUCUUGGAGCAGGAUGUGCCAUUCGAUACCGUCGGCGGACACGAAACCUCCAAACCCGGCUUUGAGUUUGCAGCCAAGAACAAGGAGUACACUGGUACCAGAGGCGUUGAAUUGCUUUGGAAGAGUUCUCUCUUGGAAUUCGAGCGAGGUAUCGUGUAUGAUGACGGCCGUCUCGACCUCUGCAAGAAAGUAGUUGGACCCACUCAUAUUGGACAGCUGAUGAAGUCUCUGGAAUCCAAUAAUCAGAUCAAGCAUUUCCUCCUGGGCAAUAACGCAAUCUCAUCAACCGGCGCCAAGAUGAUUGCAGAUUUCAUCGCGAAGUACCCGAAUCGAAUGGAGACUUGGUACCUUGCAGGCUGUCACAUAACUCGUACCGGUCUUCAGAUGCUCGCGUCACAAAUGACCGCUUCUACUUCAAUCACCAAUCUUUGGUUCAAGCGAAACCCCCUGGGUGCUGGCUCCAGUUUGAUUCUGGCUGAUCUUGUUCUUCAUACGAAGAAUCUUCGGACUUUGGACUUGGAGACUACUGAGCUUGGCGACGAGGGAGUGCGACAAUUCAUCGAUGCAAUUGCCGGAAAGCCUUCGUCACUUCAAAAUCUAUACUUGAAUGCCAAUGGCAUCGGUCAGAGCGCUUGUGCUAGUCUGUCCACGUAUCUGGCUUCUCCAGAGUGUGUGCUUGAGAGUUUGUUUCUUUCAACCAAUCCCAUCGGCGAUGCUGGCAUGGCUCUCCUCGCUCCCGGCCUCUCAAAAAACAAAACACUCAAACGCCUCACACUCGCCUCCGCUGGACUUACCAGCAAAGGAGUCACCACUCUCGCCAAAGCACUCACAACCGAAGCCCACCCCUUCCACACUCUCGACCUCGGCGCAUCCCAAACAACCAAAGCCCACAGCCAGAAAUUCAAUUACCUAGACGACAGCUGCAUCGAAGCCCUAAAACCACUCAUCCUCUCCCCCUCACUGCGCUCUCUAAACCUCGGCCGUACAGUCUUCUCUCUAGCCGGCAUGCAAGAGAUCCGCUCCACAGCCGCACAAUCCGAACUAGUGCAAUUCGCAGUAAACCACGUCCAAGUCACCAACACAGCAACCACCUCUGAUGGCAUAUUCGAAGGCACCAACGCUCCAAAAUCCUGCUCACUCGAGGUCCGUAAUCGGCUGGUCAAGAAUCAGGCAAAGUACUACCCGCAUAUCGAGAACUAUGAUGAUUUCUUGAACUCGGAGGAGUUGCGGUUCUUGAGAAAUACGCCCGAUGUGAGGAAGAUCGAUAGUAUGUAUCGCACUCAGGAUAAGCGGCUUGGGUUGCCGAUGGAUGAGCCGUGGAAGGAGGGCGAUCCGGUGUGGAAGUUGAUUACUGAGGAUGCGGAGAAGUGGGAGAGGAAACUUGCCGGUACGGCUUGA